AUGGCGAUGAGGGUUGAUUACAGCAUCAUCAUCACUUCCGCCAUUAUUGUAGCUGCUGCUUCUAUGAUCAUGAGUUCAACAACCGCAGCAACAACAGUUCCAGCAGGACUCAUAAACAUCGUGAAUUUGGGAGCCAUAGCCGACGGAAAAACAGACUCAACCCUACCAUUUCAAUCUGCAUGGGCUUCUGCAUGUUCAUCAUCUAAACCAGUCACUAUCUACGUCCCCUCCGGCAGUGAUGUCUGGAUUAAGUUUGAAAAGGCCACCGGAGUUUCUAUCUCCGGUGGAACUUUAGAUGGUCGUGGAACCGGUCUGUGGGCUUGCAAAGCCUCUUCAAGUUCUUGUCCAACCGGUGCAGCCACGUUAGGGUUCUAUAAUUCAAGAGACAUCGUGAUCAGUGGAUUGAGCUCCAUAAACAGUCAAAAGUUCCACAUCGUGAUGGACGGAUGCCAAAACGUUAAACUUCAAGGAAUCACGAUCUCUGCUCCGGGAAACAGUCCCAACACCGACGGCAUACACAUUGAAUUCUCCACCGGUGUCACUGUUCUCAACUCCCGAAUUGCCACCGGAGACGAUUGUGUAUCCAUCGGACCAGGUUCAUCUAACCUCUGGAUACAAAGCAUCACCUGUGGCCCUGGCCAUGGUGUCAGCAUCGGCAGUUUAGGGUGGACUGCACAGGAGGCCGGAGUCCAAAACGUCACGUUGAAGACGGCGACAUUUAAGUCAACGCAGAAUGGGGUUAGGAUCAAGACAUGGGCUAGGGAAAGUAAUGGGUUCGUAAAGGGAGUUGUGUUUGAAGAUUUAACUAUGGUGCAAGUUCAAAAUCCGGUGAUAAUCGAUCAGAAUUAUUGUCCGGGUGUGCAUGAUUGUCCACAUCAGUUGUCCGGCGUCACCAUUUCUGAUGUUCUAUACGAAGAUAUUCGUGGCACAUCAGCGACAGAUGUUGGGGUGAAACUGGAUUGCAGCAAGGAGCAUCCAUGCAGUGGGAUAAAAAUAGAGGAUGUGAAUUUGAGUUAUGAUAACCGACCUGCUCAAGUUUCAUGCACCAAUGCUCUUGGAACCACCGGUGGUGGCGCUGCCGCAGUAAUCCACCAUACAACCUCUAGUUCCUGUUUAAUGUAA